AUGAAUCCAUUGAAAGACAAUGAAGACGUUGCAUGCUUCUUAGUUACUAAAUUAUCUUGGAAAGGAAGGUAUAAAAGAGUGUUUUCAAUUGGUACAAUGGGCAUAUCUACUUACAGUCCAAAUAAGUUAGAUGUUACUAAUCAGUGGUUUUAUUCUGAUUUUGUCAGCAUAACUCCAACUCCAAAAGGUCAAACAGAUGAAUUCACAAUUAAUAUGAAAAAGGGUAGAAAAGUAGACUCUAUGAAAUUUGCAUCAGAUCUUAGAGCAGAGAUUUUAACUGAGGCUUUGAGGUUUAGAAAUAAAUUUUCUGAAUCUUCACAUACAACCAUAAGUUAUCGUGCAUCCAAACUUCAUUGGUCUGACAACACUUUACCUGUGUUAUUAGACCUUAGUCCUGCAGCUAUAGAGCAAAAAGAUGUUACGAGUGGUAAUCUCAUUGCAACAUAUGACUACAAAGACAUACAGCAGAUACUAACAGUAUCGAACUGUGAAGGAGGAUUUGUUCUUGUACAUAAUGAAUUUGGCCGUCAGCACUUAUUUAUUUGUGAUAAAAGAGAUGAGCUUCUGAAAAAAGUUGUUGAAUUGGCGAACUACAACAUAGGUGUCAACAUAAAAAUAGCUCAAGAUUCUACUUCUAUUCAAAAGUUCUGGGAUGAAAAAUUUGGAAAAUACAGCUCUGAUGAAGCAAUUACCUCUAUAUCAGAUUUUGUGGUUCAUAAGGAUUCUCGUAGGUAUAAUGAACCUGUGAAAAGAAUAUUAGGUUUAACAGAAACUUGUCUCAUUGAAAGAGAUCCUCAAACUUAUUCAAUAGUAACGCUGAGGCCUUUAUCAACUAUAUAUGCCUUGGUUAGACAUCCAGAUAAUCCUCAGAAAUUUUUAGUUGAAUAUGUUUCUGGCCAAGUGAGGGCCUACACAUCAACUGACAGGGAUGCCCUUUUAGCUACACUACUGGAUGGAGUAAGAGCUUCUGGUAAUUGUGAUGUACAUGUUAAAAUGCAGCCAACAAAUCGUGGUCAAAGAAUUGGUCCUCUGUUUUUGCCUGUUGAUGAAGAAGUAGAAACUAAUCAUUUACGUUUUCUUGUGCAAUUACCAGCAAGGUGGGAUUUUUCAAGAGCUGUUUUGCAAUUCAAUAAUAAUAUCUCAUACAAAGGAUUGGUUCAUGCAUCUUUGCAAGAGAACAAAGAAAAAACCAUUCAAAAUGCCUUAAUGUCCCUCCUGGAUAAAGAUGGAGAUUCCGAGCAAAGCUCUCCAGAGUUUCUUGAAGCACAAUUCCAAUGUAUUAGAAGACUGGUGGCAUCAAAAAUUGGGUUUGCUACAUUCACCAUGAUUCCUUCGUUUAGAGAAAAACUUGGACUAAAAGUGGUAAAGGCAUUGAAGCGAGGAAAUGCUGGUGUUGAACAUGCUAGUGUAGAUAUGUUAUGUACAUUAAUGCAGCCAAUGCAUGAUGAUUAUGACUUAAGGCAAGAACAGCUGAACAAGAGCUCUUUGCUCUCUUCAAAAAAGUUUUUAGAAAGCUUGUUGGGAAUGUUUGUUGAACAUAUAGAAAAAGGGACUGGUGCUCUUGUAGUUGCAUCAAUGCUGGAUUUUUUAACGUUUGCUCUUUGUGCACCAUAUAGUGAAACAACCGAUGGUGCUCAUUUUGACACGCUACUAACAAUGGUCGCUGAUUAUGGUCGGCAACUCUUUCGUCUUUUUCAGCAUACUUCAUUGACUAUUGUUAAGGGAGCAGGACUUCUAAUGAAAGCUAUAAUUGAGGAAGGUGAAAGUGAAAUUUCAGCAAAAAUGCAGGAAUUAUCGUUAGCAGAAGGAGCUUUACCUCGGCAUUUGCAUAUUGCAAUGUUUACUACCAGUACAGACACUAGAUUACUUACAAUGCAACAGCUAUCUCGACAUCUUGUGGGUUUAUGGAUAACUGGUCAUCCUACUGCUAUGGGCUUAUUGAAGAGAAUCCUGCCUUCUGGUUUGCUUACCCAUUUGGAUUCAACUGAAAAAGUUCCAGGAAAAUGUAUUGAUUACAUAAAUGUCCGAGACAAUUUAAAAAUUGCUUUGGAUCAAAGCCAAAGAAACAUGAAGCAGCUUCCAGCUUCACUACAAGUUUUAGAAAAACAUUUAGAAAAUGUUCUUCAACAUUGGCGAACUCGAAUUGGUUUACCUAAAAAAGAGGAUAAAAUUCAACAAAGACCAGUUGUGCUUCGAAAAAGAAGAGAAAGAGUAAAAAAUGAGUCUAAUUGGCCAAUGUUCUAUUACCAAUUUAACCAAGAUCAUACCAAGCCAGAUUUGAUUUGGAACUUUCGGACACGAGAAGAAUUGAAAGAUGCAUUGGAGAAAGAAAUGCGAGAUUUCCAUCUAGACAGAGAACUGAGCCGAUCAACUGUGAUUUCUUGGAAUCACACUGAAUUUGAAGUUCAUUACAAUUCACUCUCUGAAGAAAUUAAAAUUGGAGAUUAUUAUUUAAGACUUUUGUUGGAGGAAGAUGAAAAGGAUCCUACUGAUAGUUCUCGCAUCAGAAAAUCGUAUGAAUUUUUCAAUGAUCUGUAUCAUAGAUUUUUGCUUUCUCCAAAAUCAUCAAUGAAAUCUUUAUGUUUACAAGCUAUGGCUAUUGUUUAUGGGCGUCAUCAUGAAGACAUUGGCUGUUUUAAUGAUACAAGAUUUGUUGUCAAUAUGUUAGAAAGAUGUUUAGACAAACUGGAGCGAGACCGUUUAGUUAUUUUCAUAGGAAAGCUAAUUCAGGACAAAAGAAAUGUCAAAGAACUGAUUGAUGCUGGUGGCUUAAAAAUUUUAGUAGAACUUUUAACAUUGGCACAUUUACAUACUAGUCGUGCAACUGUACCAACCCAGACAAAUGUAAUUGAAGCAUCUCCGGAAAUGAUGAUGAUGACUGAGAAAGAAUGGCAUUUCAGAAAUGCUGAAAAGGAAAGAAAUGGACCUUAUGGGUUCUCUGAGAUGAAGGAUCUCUGGAAAGAUGGUACCAUACAUCCAAAGACUAAAUGCUGGGCCCAAGGAAUGGAUGGUUGGAAACCCAUACAUAGUAUACCUCAGUUAAAAUGGUGCUUAUUAGCUACAGGAACACCUCUGAUGAAUGAAAGUGACCUUGCAAAUGAGAUUCUUCGAAUGCUGAUCAGAAUUUGUGAAUAUUUCCCUAGUCGAGAUUCUGAUGGUGCUAUAAUUAGGCCUCUUCCAAGAGCAAAGCGACAACUUUCAGACUCAACUUGUUUGCCUCAUAUAGUUCAGUUGUUGCUAACAUUUGAUCCAAUACUAGUUGAAAAAGUCGCAAUUUUGUUGACUCACAUCAUGCAAGAUAAUCCCGCCAUUUCCAAAUUAUAUCAGUCUGGUGUUUUCUACUUUAUUUUAAUGUAUACUGGAUCAAAUCUUUUGCCUAUUGGUACUUUAUUACAACUCACUCAUUCCUGUCAAGCUUUUAGAUGUGAAGAAAAUCAAUCAUCCUCAAUUAUGCAGCGUAGUAUACUUGGCCAAUUGCUGCCUGAAGCAAUGGUUUGUUAUUUGGAAAAUCAUGGUGCCGAAAAAUUUGCUCAAAUAUUUUUAGGAGAAUAUGAUACUCCAGAAGCAAUAUGGAAUAAUGAAAUGAGACGCAUGAUGAUCGAAAAAAUUGCUUCGCACAUAGCAGAUUUCACUCCAAGAUUGCGUUCCAAUACUAGAGCUUUGUACCAAUACUGUCCUAUUCCAGUAAUUCAGUAUCCUCAGUUGGAGAAUGAACUUUUCUGUAACAUAUAUUAUUUACGUCAUUUGUGUGAUAUUCAUCGUUUUCCAGAUUGGCCUAUUAAAGACCCUGUCAAAUUAUUAAAAGAUGUUUUGGAAGCCUGGAAGCAUGAAGUUGAAAAAAAGCCACCUAUUUUAUCCGUUGAAGAAGCAUAUGAAACUUUAGGGCUUAGGCGCGAGGAACAGCCUGAUGAAAAUGUGAUACGAAAAGCAUACUUUAAAUUGGCUCAGAAAUAUCAUCCUGACAAAAAUCCAGAAGGCCGAGAAAUUUUUGAGAGUGUCAGCAAAGCAUAUGAGUUCUUAUGCAGUAAAUCAUCUAGACAGUGUGAAGGACCUGAUCCUCAUAACGUUGUACUCAUUUUACAAACUCAAACAAUACUUUUUAGCCAGUAUAAAGAUGUUUUGCAUCCUUACAAGUAUUCAGGAUACCCAAUGUUAGUAAAAACAAUAAGAUUAGAAACUGAUGAUGCUCAGUUGUUUUCAAAAUCUGCUCCCUUAUUGGCUGCUGCUGCGGAAACUGCAUAUCACACUGUUAACUGUUCAGCUCUAAAUGCUGAAGAAUUGCGUAGAGAAAGUGGUUUAGAGGCAUUGCAAGAAGCAUUUUCUAGGUGUGUAGGAGUUUUAAGUCAUUCUGCUAAAAUGGAUGAUCUUUCUACUCAAGUUUGUAUUCAUAUAUCGAGGUGUUUUGCUGUUGCUGCUCAAUUCAAAGGUUGCAGAGAACGUAUGAUUGAGAUGCCAACUAUGAUCACGGACCUUUGUCGUAUUUUGUACUUCAAACAUUUAACAAAACUGUGUGCUGUUGUUGUGGAAUGUAUUAGCGCUCUUGCAGUCAAUGAUGUGCUUCAAACUCGUCUGUAUCAGUCUGGUGUCUUGUUCCAUUUAUUAAUUUUUCUUUUUAAUUAUGAUUUUACUCUUGAAGAAGGUGGUGUUGAAAGAUCUGAAGAAACAAACAAACAGGAAAUUGCCAAUCAACUUGCUAAGCUGAGUAUGCGAGCUUUAUGCAGGAUUGGAGGUUAUGGCACAGGAGAAAAUGAAACUCCCCGAAAUGAUGCUGUUCAUAUGUCUCUAACUGCAAUGUUAACUACAUAUUUAGUGCGCCAGUUAGGCGAAGGAGAUGUUUCUGAAGUUUUAAAAAUUUUAAAUAGUAACACUGAAAAUCCGUAUCUCUUAUGGAACAAUGCGACACGAGCUGAAUUAAAUGAAUUUUUAGAAACUCAGAGAAAUGAAAAGAUAAGAACCGGUGAAUGUGAUCCUUCGUAUGGCAGUGAGUUCAAAUUCUCCGCUCAUAGUUCUGAACUUAUAAUUGGUGAAAUUUUUGUUCGUGUGUAUAAUGAGCAGCCAACUUUUCCACUUGAGAAUCCGAAGCAUUUUACUCUAGAAAUUUUAGAUUUCCUGUGUUCUCAAGCUCAAUACCUUUAUUCCCUUAUGUCAUUAGUAGCAUCAGGUGUAAAGACGGAAACAAAUCAAACACGUCUGAAUAAUGUGGAAAUGGCCCUCGAAGCUCUUCGAAAUGUUAUCAGAAAUAAUCCUGGGGUGGAAAUGCAGUGCAUAGGUCACUUCAAGCUACUGUUCAGUCUUCUAAGAUUGGAUAAUUGUACUAAAGUUCAAGCUCUUGCAAUUGAUGUAAUAGCUAGUGUAACAGGCAAUCAAGAAUGUGUAAAUGAUAUAGCUGCUAGUGAUGUUCUCGUUUAUCUUUUACUUGUUCUACAUUCCUUCCAGUAUUCUAUAACAGUAUUGGAAACUCUUUUACCUUUAAUGUCCAAUGGCAAGCUAGUCAAAGAUGCAAUGGCAAAAGGUGCUGUGAUAUAUCUCUUAAAUCUAUUUUGUAAUGCUACAAAUCCUACUGUCCGGGAGUUAACUGCUGGUUUGUUAGCCAAAAUGACUUCUGAAAAAUUAUUUGGUCCAAAACUACGUAUUGUACUUUCAAAAUUUCUUCCUACAUUGUUCCUUGAUGCCAUGAAAGAUUCUCCUGAAGCUGCUGUACAUAUGUUUGAAGGAGUGCAAGAGAAUCCUGAAUUGAUAUGGAAUGAUGAAUCUAGAGAACGUUUAUGUUCCAUUGUCCAGUCAUUAGCAAAUGAACAUUAUAAAAUUCAGAAAGAUGAUCCCCAAGCACAAUGGAGGCCUCCAAAUGAACCUUGUCUUGGAUCUUCUGAAGAUCAAGAGACAAUUAUUUCUGGGGUCUAUUUAAGAUUAUUUAUUCAAAAUCCAUCCUGGGUUCUUAGAAGACCAAAAGAAUUUUUAACAGAGUUACUGGACAGAAUUAUUGCCUUUGUAUCCAAAGAUAUUGUCAAUGGAGAGUUAUUAGAAAUGAUGACACAAGCUCUGGUAUGUCUACUGCAAGCCCAGCCAUCACUUCUUGACCAAGUGCCUGCAUUGGGACACAUUCCACGAAUUUUGCAAGCCAUGUCCAAGCAAAAUGAUGCUCUCUCUGCAUCAUGUCUACAAAUUAUAAGACAAUUUUCAAACUCUGAAGGUUGUAUUAAAUGUAUGUCCCAAAGCAACUUUAUCAGUCCACUAAUAAAAGCGAUGAAGAAGAGAAAUGAUCUUGUUGGCAUUGGAUGCGAGACUUUAAAUAAUGCCUUUCAACAUAGCAAUGAGGAUUUAAUGCUCCAGGCUCAGGAAGCAAAAUUAGUGCCAUACUUACUUGAACUCUUGGAAAAGAAAAUUGAUGGAAACACAGCUGCUGUGAAAGCUCAAAUUGUCCAAGUUCUUAAAGCAAUGUGCUUAUCAUUACAAUAUGGAGGACAGGUAUCUGAAUUGCUUGAAAAAUCUGAAGUAUGGGCCGAAUAUAAACAUCAAAAGCAUGAUCUUUUCUUAAAUGAUACUCAAACAAGUGGUUAUCUAACAGGUGGUGCACCUAGUGUUGCAGGUUAUUUAACUCAAGGCACUUUAAAAGCUAUGUCCAAGAUGCCGCCGCCAGACGGUUGAUGUAAAUAUCAAUUGAAAUAGGCUUUAUUCAUAUGAUCACUGCUGGUUUCUGAAGAUACUAACUGCUGAUGUAUCUGGCAAUUGUAUAGCUGUCAGUUGAAUUCUGAUUUUAUUAAUAUCAACAAAUUUCAAUCUCAUGAAACAUAUAAUUUGAUUUAAAACGUUGUUAAACUGUUAUUUUUGUGAUUUAAAAAUUUAUUAAAAAAUACUAUCUUGAUUUUUUUUAAAUUUUACUGAAAAUUACAAAUGGAACUGUUAAGUUUUUAUUCUUGUUUUAAUAUGUUUAAUGUUUCCUAGUUUACCCUGAUUAUUUUUAUGAAGGUGUAAAUAUCAUAGAUGUAUCUAUAUAUAUGAAGCAUAAUUUUUUACUGCAAAAGUUAUUUUUUCAACUCGAUCUAAAAUGCAUAUUUUUGUUAUGAAAGAGCUUUUGCUAGACAAGUUUUGAUUAGAAGCAGAGAAGCUUAAACUGUUCUGAAGUAAAUUCAAAAUGAAGGGACUAUUGCAUCAUACAUUGAAGUAUAUGAAUCAUGUGUAUGUAUUUUUGGUAAUCAUUCCUAUAAAUUAUUGCACUGUUUUAGUCUUCAUACACUUUUAUAUGAUUAUUAGUUUUUCAAAUAAUGUAUAAUAAAAUCUGGCGAAUAUUUUUCUGCAAAUGAAGAAUUGUAAAACAUGCUGGAAUUGUGUUUUGUUGUAUAUUUUCUCCCAAAACUGAUUGCGGGUUAAUAAUGCCUAUAAAAUAGAAUCUUACUAAUCAAAAAAAAAAAAAAUCACAAUUUGUUGAUAUUCAAAAUUUUAGAUAUCUUCACUUAGUGCACCAUAUAGAAAAUCUUUUUUCAAACUCUUUUGAUUUGAAUUCUGUGAUAUUAAAAACCCUGUGGAGCAGCAUGUAAAAACUGAAUAAGUAUUUAUGCCAUACUGAUGCUUACCUGCUGUCAUAUAUAAACUACAUAAUUAAGGAAAAGUUCAUAAUACUUUUAAUUGGAACUAGUCAUCUAAUUUUUGCUAUUAUAUAUUAAUACUUUUAAACUCGAUUCGCUGAAAGGAUAUGUAUAAAUCUAUUUGGAUAAAAACCAAACAUUCAAAAAUAAAUGUAGAAUUCUCAUCGUGCCCUUUUUAAAUUAAUGUUCCAUUAUCAGGGGUGCCCCUCUCUAAGAGCAAGGAUACCCACCCACCCUAAAAAUCAUGAAGAUCCCCUCCCCCUAAAGCAAGAGCCUCCCAAAAGUGAAAAAUACCCCACAAAACACCCUACCCCUCAAUGAAAAUUUCAAUGGCGCAGUCUGCACCAUGACCCCCCUAGGUGGGCACCCCAACCAUUAUCAUGGUUAAAUGUUUCAUCUCAAUCCUCAGUAUUAUAAUUGUAUCUUUAAAAUUUAUAAUACAGAAGUACAUUCAAAAAAAAUUUUAAAUGUGUAAACUUGCUGAGCUUUUCAUUAUUUUAUGUGCCAAUCAUUAUUGUUUCUUAAUUUUCUUUGCUUUUGUGCACAGUACACGAACUGUAAUGCAAAAUAACAAUUGUUUCAUUCCUGUACAAGAAAACUGUUGUUGUUUUGACAAAAACUGUUAAAUAUUAUAUACUUUAAUAUAGAUAUUGUAUCAUUGUAAUAUUUGUAAAAAAAUAUAUAAAAUUAUUUUUUUGUUCA